AUGUCUGAGUCUGUUACCCAGCAAGCGCCCCUCGAGAGCCCGCUCGAGAAGAAGGAUGCCCUCAAUGAAGUCGACGCCCAGUCCGUGGCUUCUGAGCCAGCAGCACCGUCGCAAAGCAAGCCGCACUGGUAUCGCUCGACGUUCACUCAGGCUACCAUCUUGGGCAUGUGCUCCUUUCUCGCUCCAGGAGUCUGGGCAGCCAUGAAUUCGCUCGGCGCUGGUGGACAGUCCUCACCGGCGACGGUCAAUGCAGCCAAUGCGCUCACUUUUGUGCUGAUGAUCUUCACAUCAUGGGCGACAUCCUCCCUCAUCAACCUCACCUCGGUGCCCAUCACCCUCUCCAUUGGAACGACAGGCUUCGCAGUCUAUGCUGCGGGACUCUAUCUCUCGACAAAGACCGCUGGCACGACCACCUGGCUCGUACUGGUAGGCGCGGCAUGCUGUGGUAUCUCUGCGGGCUUCUUUUGGUCGACAGAGGGGGCCGUCAUUCUCUCGUACCCAGAAAAGGACCGGCUGGGACGCUACGUCUCCUACUGGCUUAUGUUCCGCGUCCUCGGCCAGCUGGUUGGUGGAGUCAUCAAUCUUGCGCUCAACUACAGUGCAGCUCAGGCCGGCUCGAUCUCGCUAGAGACGUACGGCGUCUUCAUUGCGCUGCAAUGCUUGGGACCCUUUGUGGCUCUGACGCUCAGUCGCCCGGAAAAGGUUCAGAGAAAGGACGGAACCAAGGUCGUACUCAACUUGGAAGGCAGCGUCAAGUCCGAGCUGAAGGCCGUGGGCAAACUGCUUUGCAGGAGGGAGGUUGCGUUGCUCCUGCCUAUGAUCUGGCAAACGACCUUUUCUGAGUCCCUCGUGGGCACCUAUGCCGCCACCUACUUCACGGUACGGUCCCGUGCCCUCGGCAGCCUGCUUUCCGCCGUCGUGGCGAGCCUGGGCAACUAUGCGCUUGGCUUCUAUCUCGACACCAAGAGAGUUUCGGUCAACAAGCGCGGGAAAAGCGCAUUCAUCUUCGUGUACGCUUGCCAAGGAGGAUGGUGGAUCUUCUCGCUCAUCGUCCUCAACAGGCUGCACAGGAACAAGCCGGCCGAGCCAUUCGACUGGGCUUCAUCCGGCUUCUCGACGCACUUUGCCCUUUACAUCAUGCUUCAGCUGGGCUUCAACCAGAUGUACGAGCUCACCUACUGGCUCGUUUCUGCGAUCAACAAGGACGGCAGCGAGAUUGUUCGUCUAGCCUCCAUUGUACGCGGCGUCGAGUCUGCAGGGCAGGCCCUGAGCUACGGCAUCAACGCAACGUCGUGGCGACUGGAUGCGGUUGCUGGGCUCAAUUUCGGGCUCUAUAGCCUCUGCCUCGCUCCGGCGUGGGUGGUGAUCCGCAAGGUUGGAGAAGGAGGGAGGUUGGCUGCGAUUGCAAGCGAGGAGGGCAAUAAGGAUGGCGAUGCAAAGGAGUAG